CGCUGUUGAUGCGCCAGAACAAUAUUUUCUCCAUUUUCUUGAGAUCUAUGCAUUGUAUACAAUUUUUCAAAUCGAUUGACCUAACAUCAACAAAGCGAGGGGGAAAAAUUAAACCUAACAAAGUCACCGUCUUUCGCCAUCGCCUCCUUUGCCUCGCUCAGCUCUUUCGUCCAACAUGGCCCACCUGCCGAAUCCAUCUCUGCAAGUUACGGCUGACCAUCAACUCAAACAAGUCGAGGCAUCGAUUCUAUCGCCAGGUCCAGGCGAGGUUCUUUUGCAUGUGAAAUGCACUGGUGUAUGCGGCUCCGAUGUACACUUCUGGAAGACCGGCGCCAUUGGCACCCUCGUCGUCGAGGGUGACUGUAUUCUCGGCCACGAAGCAGCCGGCAUCGUGCUCUCUACCGGCCAGGACGUGACGACCCUCAAGCCCGGCGACCGCGUCGCCAUCGAGCCCGGCGUCCCCUGCAACAAGUGCUUCCUUUGCAGCGAGGGACGCUACAAUCUAUGCCAAGAAGUUCAAUUUGCAGGUGUUUGGCCUUAUCAUGGCACCUUGCAGCGCUACAAGGUCCACCCGGCCCGGUGGCUUCACAAGCUGCCGGACAGCCUCUCGUACGCCGAGGGCGCCCUGCUGGAGCCCCUGUCCGUCGUGCUGCAUGGGAUCCGUGUCGCCGGGCUGAGUCUCGGCAGAGGUGCAGUUAUAUGUGGUGCCGGCCCUAUCGGCCUGAUUGCAUUGGCGGCGGCCAGGGCGUCGGGCGCGCACCCCAUAGUCAUCACGGACGUGGAGCCCCGGCGGCUUGAGUUUGCCCGCGAGUUUGUUCCUUCGUGCCAGACCUACCGCGUUGAUCCUACCCAGUCGCCUGAGGAGAACGCACGGGGCAUCCGGGCCCUGUUUGGCUUGAAGGGUGGUGCAGUGCCGGACCCGGACGAGUACUCGGCACCGCCCGUGGUUUUGGAGUGCACGGGUGUCGAGAGCAGCGUCUGCACGGCAGCUUUCACUGCACGACGUGGCGGCAUUGUCGUGGUGAUUGGUGUAGGCAAGUCCACCAUGAACAACCUGCCGUUUAUGCACUUGAGCCUGGCCGAGAUCGAUCUGCGGUUUAUCAACCGGUACCGAGACACGUGGCCGGCGGGCAUUGCAUGUCUGGAGAGCGGUAUCCUGCCAGAUCUGAAGAAGCUGGUGACUCAUGUUUUCCCCUUGGAAAAGGCCAUCGAGGGGCUUACUCUCGCCAGUGAUCCAAGAAACGGGAGCAUCAAGGUACAAAUCGUGGACGAGGUGGAUAUUAGCCCCUGAGAGAUGAAUCAGGUAAUUAGUACAAGUUUAUUUAUAUAGGAUACUUCUAUGCCUCUAACCAUACGGCCUUGGAUCUAUGCAUGGGCACAUUGCAUACAAAAUCUCUGCCUCACCAGCAAAUGUCAACAGCUC